UCCCGGUUCCUAGUUACAACGCCGACGUUUCGCAAAGUGUACGACAUCUAACUCCCGUGUGUGCUCUUUUUUAUUUUCACUAAAAUAUUACAAUUUGUCUUUCCCCCGCUAUCCUCGUCGAUCCGCAUUAUCAACAAGUUGCUGGCUAGUCCUUUGGCCGUUGAUGUAUGUGUGCAAGGAGCAACGAGUAACACUUCAGUUCCUUUGAGUUUCCAUUCCCUUCACCCGUACUAGCAGUGCCUGGUUUACAUUACUUCACAUUUCCUUUCGCGAGUGACUAAUUUCCGGUCGCUUGGUAAUUGGAGGAAAGUUUAAUUAGUGCACCAACAACUUGAACUCUAACCGGGUCUAUGAAAAAAUGAAUAAGUACAACAAUCACCAGAUAUGGGUUGCUUUCGCAGUGUUAGGCGCAAUUUCCAUACUACCUGUACACUGCCGGAUCGUUAAGCGAAGCUACUCGGACCAGAGCGUACGUGGAUAUCUAACGGAGAGAACAUGCUGGUGGAACGAGGUUUGCAAAGAGGAAUUUCAACAGCUCUUUGGCUGCAAAUGCCCCCAGUGGUCCUACUGCAGAUCCCCUGGCCGGUACUAUAAUGCUUAUUGCUCCAUGACCAACACUGGAUACAUCUGGACACAGCCCACUUGGGACUGGGAAACUGCCUAACGGAUGACACUUGCUGCCAAAUAUAUGGUUAGGAGGACAACCUUGUGUAAAAUAAACACCAUAUCAGUGUAGACCAAAACGAGGCAGAGAAGACCAGUAGAGUAGAGACCAAAUAUUUUAUAUACAAAUAGAUUUAUAGAGAACCAUGUAUUGUGAGACUUAAUCAGACCACAUAGGCUAUAAUGCAUUUUAAACGAUAAAUUUAUUUAUUUAUUCACGUUUUACGCGUAGUAGCAGAUUGCACAGGAUGAUUUUUAACAGCAGAUAUACACAUCACACCUCCGGUUUAAGUUAUGUUAUUUGUAACUACAUAGUUUGGCCGAUUAAAUACGGACAUUACAUAGGUUUCUAAAACACAGCACUGAUUGGAGUAACUUUUCAUCGAACUGCUUAUACGAAAUUAAAUAAUCAAAAUACAACCGAUACAGCAACGUUGAAAAUAUUACGAAAACCGAAAAUUUGAAGUUAAAGGUUGUUACUGUACAAAAAAACAAGGUUUAAAUUGUUGAUCAAUUCAAGCAACUUGUGAACGCCUCGCCGCGAAUAAUUUCCAACGGCUUUCGCUUUGGUGACCCAAGGCAACACCAACUAGAGCAUUUUUUCUGUUGCAUUGCCACAAAAAAAACGAUUCUUCGCAUUUAAAAAUUAAACCGUUGGCUCCUUAUUACAUCGUAAAAAAAGUGCAGCAGAGCUAGGACGGGUUAUAAAUGGCGACUGUUAUUAGCCUUAAGAAUAUGCAAUAUUUGAGGAUCAAGUUAGAAGUUACAUACUUUCAUCAAUCAGGCAAGAUCAAUACAACAGAAUACAACCAACCAAUGAAUUUUAAAUAAAGUAAACCAUGCUGUUGAA